ACGCGCUCAAAAUGGCGGGGAUACUGAAACUUGCAGCUGUCUUUGGGAUUUGCACAGCUUUUGCAGCCGUUUUAAUUGCGUGGUACCUAAAAGGGAAUUUCGAUCCCGAAAGUGUGCGGGGUAAAAAGGUAGUAAUCUGUGGAGCGUCCACUGGAAUCGGCGAGGAACUUGCUUAUCAGUACGCCAAACUUGGCGCCCAAGUUUUACUCGUUGCUCGACGGGAAGAGGUCCUCAAAAAAGUCGUGGCACGUUGCGCAGAAUUAGGCGCGCAGACUGCUAACUACGUUGUGGCUGACCUGUCUUCUUUGGAGGCUGCAAAGAAUUUAGCUGCCGAAACUAACAAAUUAUUUGAUGGACCUGAUGUACUUGUCCUCAACCAUCUUCUACCCUUUUAUGACUUUUGGAACGAGAACAGUGACCUCAACAAUGUCCCACGUUACUUUGCUGUCAAUACCAUCAGCUACAUCAACAUUGCCACCUUAUUUCUCACAGGCCUUCAGAAGACCAAUGGAAGCAUUGUGGUAGUGUCAUCAUUUACAGCAGUUGUCAACACCCCAAGGACUGCACCUUACAGUGGAAAUAAGCGUGCACUGCAUGGAUUUUUUAACAGCUUACGCCAAGAUUUAGCACUGCAAGGUCACAAGGGGCUCUCCAUAACACUGUGCAUCCUUGGGUAUAUAGACACAAAGAAUGCUCAUGAGAGCACCAAAGGUCAUCCUGUUGAAAAGGCUGUAAAGCGGGAGCCUGUUGAUGAAUGUUCCCUUGCAAUGAUUAAGGGAGCUGCUCUGAGAAAAAGACAAAUGUAUUUCCCGUGGUACUUAAGUAUUGUAGAAACAGCACAUUUCUUCUUCCCAAAUUUUGUAGAGAGUGUAAUUCAAGUUGCAAGCAAUGAGAAACCUUUAGAAGACCUGUUGAAAUGGUAAAACUGUACUUCAGUCAUGGUGCUCUUGUUGUAGCUUUUUACUAAACACUAGUACUGUUAAAGAAAUUAGACUUAAAGUUUUUCUUGCAAAUAUGAGGUAAGUAAGCCGGUGUGGUGAACACUGAUUAUCAUGAGUUCCAGAAGAACACAAAACAGCUGGAAGAAAGAAUCCUGGGGUGUGUGUGUGUGUGGGGNG